GCAUUAUUCACGUUUGGCUCAUCUGUUCCAAACCCCACCCUCUCAUCAUCAGUAUUUAGAAAUCCAGGAAACCAUCAAAGACUCAUCUGCUACUACAUCUUUUAUCCAAAUUCUUCAUAAAGCAACAAUGGGUACCCUUGCAGGAUCAAAACGCAAGCCCGGGACACCGCUCGCUUCACCAUCCAAGGCCGCAGCAUCAACAAAGAGGUCUCGGACACAAUACGAUUAUUGUGACGAAGAGGACUCGGAGUCGUUCCCGGAGGAUCGCUGGAGCGCCGACGACACAGAUUCGUGGUCAGAUAUGAGCGUAGAUGAGGACGAGGACCAAAUCUGCCAACCUGAUAGGGCAGGUGAUAAAUCUGCGACUGGGAGAUCACAGCAAGACUCAUGGACUACACAGGAACCCGGCUGUAUGUCUCUAGCUGCGAGUAUGCCUUGUGGAAGUGGCUUGACGAAGAGCAAAACCGAGGGCUGCCCCGGCUGUUCCUGCAGCAGGGUGGGCAGACAGUGCAACACCUCCAAUUGCCGCUGCGAGGCCGGGCCCACCUGUCACAAUCCCCUCAACAAGCUCGACCUCGCUGCCAUCUUCGGCAAGGACGGAUUCGACCUCCACCCAUGUUUCACGACGUGGAUCACGGAGCAGUCCAAUGCCGGACUGGAGUGGACGAGUACGCGGUUCCUUUUCGAUAUCGUCUUCGAGGCUAUCAUUAUGCUUGAUGAGUACAAAAGCAACGCGACCGAGCCCUACCUUGAGUGGAGGGCGAAAUGGGACAGCCUCACCGCCUCAGAACAGGAUAGUAGCGACGCCGGCCUUGCCCUCAAGCAGGAGCUGCUUCGCUGGGGGCUUACUUGCCGAGACUCCCAGUCCGUCUACUUCUCGUUCUGCCGCAAGAACGGGUGGGUAGAGACUGACCAUGAAUGGCACUGCGAUCGUUGUGGCGGUUGUAGGCAGUGGAAGGAGUGGCAUUGCUUGAAUUGCAAUCAGUGCUCAUAUGGUCUUACGCGACCGUGUGGAAAUUGCGGGGGGGAUGGAGACUGGUCUCCGGGCUUCAAACCAAACGAACCAGACGACGGUUAUGACCUGAUUCGAUGGUAGAGACGCUGACAAUGUUGGAGGGAAUUCCGGUGUGUUGAACGGAUGUUCUAAAUUACAAUGUCUGCUAAACUCUGAGCAAUCACGUACGCAGUAUUGCGUAAUGAGAUGGAUCAAGCCCAUGUAUAAGCGGUUCUUGUGCAAGCAUAGGGUACUUGUGGGACAUGAGUUAUAGCACAUGAGGUAGCUACUUUGAGACCUGGAGAUCUCUAUAUCCCAGGCACACUCAAACAGCAGAGGUGCAGCAUGCUCAAAUACGAUGCAUCCUUGCAGUCUCUGAUCCCCUAAAAGAGCCGGGAAGCGUCCAGAAUAUAUUUGUCACCGGG